UCACCACCCCGUGGAAACGUGCGUGUGUGUACAGGGCCAUCGGGGAGUGAGUGUGUGUGUAUGUGAGCGUGUUAGUGUGCCACACCGGCUCCUGAAGCCUCUUGGGAUGCAUGGCAGGUGCGUGACACAGUGAGCAGGCUCUCCCAUCUGUCCACCCCCUCCCUGGCCCCACAUCUGUCCAGCCAGCGCAAGCUUCGUCUGCCUCUGCCUACAACUGGAUGUCUGCCCCGGGGUCUGCCGGCAGCAGCAAGAGGAAUUCCUUACUGUAAGAUGGGAUCCUGCACAUGUGCUGGUUCUGUCCAAUCCCAAGGGCCUGGGUGAAGUGGGAAGCAAUCAGCUCUUAUCUGACGCCUCCGUGUCUCACGGAGCUGGAUUUGGAGCUCGCUCAGAGGGUUCCAGAGGUGGAGCCUGGGCAGCAACAGGUGAAGCUGAAGGACAGGCAGAAGUGCUUGGAGGAAACUUUCCACCAGGACAUGGAGAACUAUUUGUCCACAGGCUACCUGCAGAUCGCCGAGCGGAGAGAGCCAAUAGGAAGCAUGAGUUCCAUGGAGGUGAAUGUGGACAUGCUGGAGCAGAUGGAUUUGAUAGAUAUGUCUGACCACGAGGCUCUGGACAUGUUCCUCAAUUCAGGAGGAGAGGACAACAUUGCAGUGUCCCCUAUGACAGCGCCAGAUGUGGAGUCAUUCACCACCGAGAUCACACUGCAGGUGCCCACGCAGGCCGAGCUGAGGCACAAGCUCUCAUCACGCUACUCCACCUGCACGGACUCCGCCAGCCAGGACAACGAUGGUGGAGGAGGUGGAGGCAGUGGUGUCGAUAAGGAAGAGAGAAGGGCUGAUGUACCUGGCGCCCAGCUUGUGUCUAAGCACGAGAAACGGGUCCAUGCAGACCCUGCUCAAGUGCAGGCAGAGCAGCAAAAUCAACCGAUCAAGAACUGUGCAAAUAGUGAUUCUUCAGGCACACAGGCACAAAAGAAAGAUGUUAAUGUGAAAGUGGAGUGAGUUUCCCCAUCCUGUGUGCUACGCACUUGCAUUAUGAAGGAUGCGUGCUUUAUGUCAGCUGUGUUUUAUGAUACUAUGGGGUUUUGUACAGCUACACGCCAUGCAGUAUUUACCAGUAUUUACCUUCCACUUAUCAAUAAAUGUCUCACCCUCCAGCUCAAAA